UAUCUAUCUACUACUCCGUAAUAUCCACCCCACCGGGCGAUGCGGGACCCAUCCGACCAAAUCCGGCAGUUGACCACAGAGUUUGCUCCGUCUCGAUAGCUACUGCUAUCUAACUUCUACCGGUCUAUCUUUCUACGCCCCCUCUUCGUUUCCAAUCUCUCACUACAGGUCCGAAUCGAAUUACCUCACGACUCUUACAACCACACAACAUGGAGACCGACCCCGGAUUCAUCGCGGCCGUGGAGGAGGCCAAGCUGGGAGCCGCGGAGGGCGGCGUGCCCAUCGGAGCGGCGCUGGUCUCCAAGGACGGCAAGAUCCUGGGUCGGGGCCACAAUAUGCGCGUGCAGAAGGGUAGUCCGGUGCUGCAUGCCGAAAUGUCCGCCCUCGAGAACUCCGGACGUCUGCCCGCCUCCGCCUACGAAGGCGCUACCAUGUACACGACCCUCUCGCCGUGCGACAUGUGCACCGGCGCCUGCAUCCUCUACAAGGUGAAGCGCGUGGUCAUCGGAGAGAACAAGAGCUUCAUGGGCGGGGAGGAGUAUCUCACCAACCGGGGGAAGGAGGUCGUAGUCCUCGAUAACCAGGAGUGCAAGCAGCUGAUGGAGACGUUUAUGAAGGAGAAGCCGGAGCUGUGGAACGAGGAUAUUGCUGUCUAAGUUUUGAUUGAUCGUAUGAUCGCACGGAGAAGCGGACGUUUUAAAGGGGUAGAGGGCAGUAGUGUUCAUGUAUAUAGUCAGAAAUCAUACGCCAGCCAUGAUCAUCACGUUAAGCCACCUUUUCAGACCGUCAGGCGGUGGAUCUCCUCGAAGUAGAACUUGAGGUCGUCCGGGUUGACGAAGGGGGUCACACCUAUUCAGAUCAGCACUUGGUAUAAGACAGGCAGGCCGUUGGC